AGAAGACAGGGUGCGUGUUCAGUUCUAAUAAAGUUGUUGAAGGGGGAGUAGUCACAUGACCGGUGUGUGGUCAGCUGACAGGAAGAGCUCGUGUUGCUGACAAUAUGAGGUUCCGUUUCUGCGGUGACUUGGAUUGCCCUGAUUGGGUUCUGGCAGAGAUCAGCACAUUGGCCAAAAUAUCCUCUGUUAAGCUAAAGUUGAUCUGUGCCCAAGUGCUAAAAGAACAGCUGGGAGAAGCCAUUGAUUAUGAAAAAAUUUUGAAGCUAACAUCUGAUGCUCGUUUUGAGUCCAGUGACAUUAAAGCGACCAUUGCUGUACUUUGUUUUAUUCUUUCAAGUGCAGCCAAGCACAAUGUUAGCAGUGACAAUCUGUCCAGUGAGCUUCAGCAACUGGGGCUUCCCAAAGAACAUGCCGUCUCUUUGUGCCGCUCUUACGAAGAAAAGCAGACCGCUUUACAAGAGACAUUGAGGGAGAGUAGCCUUCGCUUAUCGCACUUAUCUUCAGUAAGCUGGCGUGUAGACCAGACUCUUAGCUCCAGUAUUCUCCAGGAAGUCGAUGAGCCCUUGGUCCACCUCAAUCUUCAUGUGGCAGAUGCUAGAAACUCCAGUCCAGUUGCUGUGACUGUGUCUUCUAGUAAAUUAAGAGUGUUACUAACAGAAUUAAAACAAGCCCUCGAAAUGAUGAAUGCCAUCAACUGAUACUGCUGAUCUUUAUCGGCUCUGCUGUCUAGGUCUUCAUUUCAUAAGAGACUACAAGAACUUUGAUAAAUGGGCUUUUGCUCAUGACCAUUACAUCCUCAGUAAAGUCAAGUAGCUCUUUAUAAACACUGAGCUCUCCAAGCUAUUCAUGCUUUCAGAAGAUUGGCCGCAUUAUGGACCAGGAUAACAUGCAGUGGACUGGAGAACAUAACUUGACUCUACGCUGUUGUGACGUCUAACAAAAAGAAGUCACAUUGAUUCAUCAGCGUUCAGCUGGAGAUUUCAGCUUUGUGAAUUUCUACGCUUAUAUUUUCUGUGUUAUAUGUGACUAAGUAAGAGAAAUCCAAUUUCAUUCCCAGCACUUUCAUCUUAUUACAAUGGUCAUUUUCUAUGUUGUCAUUCAAAGCUUUCCUGGUUGUUGUUGGCAUGGGUAGAUUGUCAGCAACUAAUAAAACACUUUAUUACUAUAGGAGCUA